AUGCUGAACUAUCAAUUGACGUUCUGCGUGGUGUCGAAGAGAUUUCGAAAGAACUACAUACACCGGUUCACGGCCACCAGAUCGCUCUUCUGGUGGUCACCCUGGUCUUCAGUGCGGCGGGCCUGCGUCUACCUAUCAACCAACCAGUACUUCGAUUACUUCGUCAUGGCUACCAUUCUGCUCAAUUGUGUCUUCCUCGCCAUGUCGGAGACUAUCGAAGAGGCUGAGUAA